AUGGCAACCCAAUGGGACCCCCUCAAGGACAUGCCUGACCUCAAGGGCAAGGUGGCAGUCGUCACCGGAGCCACCUCGGGCAUUGGCUUCCACACGGUGAAGCAUCUGGCCGCCAAGGGCGCCAAAGUCUACUUUACGGCUCGAAACGAGGCAAAAGCCAAAAGGACGCAAGAGGAGCAUCUCGAGCUCAAUCCGCAACUGUCCGCUGAGCAGCUCCCAUGGCUCCUCGCUGACUUUGAAGAGGUUGAAACCGCGGCAAGGGCGGCAGAGUUUCUCAGAUCCAAGGAGGAAAAGGUCGAUAUCUUAGUGAACAAUGCGGGCGGAGCACCAAGGACACUGGAGCACACCUCAGCCGGAUGGGAGAAAUCCAUGGCAAGCUCCCACAUUGGCCACUUUGUUUUCACAAAUGGCGUCCUUCCCCUACUCAAAAAGGCCGCCUCGUCAGCAGAUGCCGACGUUCGCAUAGUCGUUGUCUCUUCCAACGCCAUGCACGUCGUUCUCCCGCCAGAUUACGCCUUGGACUUUACCAAGCCAGAGCUCCUGCGCGGGACACUGCCCUACACACCUAUAAAGUACAAGUUGCUGCGGCCACUGGUCUUCAACGUCAACAUGCUGCACUACGCCGUGUCCAAGCUUGCCAACGCCAUGUUCGCGAAACAACUCCAACGACAUCUGGACAGCAAGCACGUGUCCAUUGCCGUUGUGUCGCUGCAUCCCGGCGGCGUGGCGUCGGAUCGGAUCCAUGAGGUUUUCAAGCCGUGGGUGUGGCCACUGGUAUCGGGCAAUUUUGUGCCGCAGGACACUGGGUCCCAUGCCAGUUUGUUUGCUGCGACGGCCAAGGAGAUUCGCGUUGAGGAAAAGGGGUUCAUGGGAAACUACAUGGAGCCGAUGGGGGUUGUGCAUGCGGGCCACCCAUUGCUCCAUGAUGAGGCCCAGGCGCGAGGCUUGUGGGAGAACACCCAGGCGGAGGCGAACAAGUAUUUGGAGGGUAAAGGGCAUGGAGGAUUGCUUGAUUGGUGA